AGCCUGUCACCCAGGAUGAGUGCUGAGAACAUGGAGGUGAGAUGGUUCCGGGGUCAGUUGUCUUCAGUUGUGCACCUGUACCGUGAAGGGAAGGAUCAGUAUGUGGAGCAGAUGUCAGAAUAUCGGCGAAGGACAGAGUUUCUGAAAGAGGGCCUGGCUGAUGGAAGAGUUGCCUUGAGAACAGGCGAUAUCAGACUCUCUGAUUCAGGGCUGUACAAGGCUGUACUCUUUCGAUCAGAGUUCUCAUAUCAAGAAGCUGCAUUGGAACUACAGGUAUCAGUUACAGGUACUAAUCCCCUGAUCUCUAUUGAGAGUUACCAGGAUGGAGGUAUCCGAAUGGUGUGUCGAUCGGGAGGAUGGUAUCCAGAGCCUCAGUCACUGUGGAAGGAUCUCAAAGGACAGCCUCUCUCAUCAUUGCCUGCAAAAUGCUUCCGUGAUGAAAAUGGCCUGUUUCAGACUGAAUCUGUACUUAUUGUAACAAAAAAUUCCAAUCGGAAUCUGACCUACACAAUCAGAAACAACAUCCUGAACCAAGAAGAAGUAUCAAGCAUUUAUAUAGCAGAUUCUUUUUUCCCAAAGGUCUCCUAUGUGAUGGUGAUUCGCCUGUCACUAAACCUGUUGGUUUUGGGGUUUUUCAUUCCUUUGACUAUUUACUAUAUAUGCAAGCAACACAAAGAAAAAGAUUCUCUGCAAUCUAAAUUGAAAGACUUUGAAGUGAAUGUGACUCUGGAUCGAGAAACAGCACAUCCUGAACUCCUGGUGUCAGAUGACCUCAAAAGUGUGAAAUGUGCAGACAUAACAGGGGAACAACCUGAAAAUCUGGAUAUUGUUGAUUCUUAUCGCUGUGUCCUGAGCUCUGAGAGAUUUAACUCUGGGAGACAUUAUCGGGAAGUGGAGCUUAAGAACAAGACUAUGUGGCACUUGGGGGUUUGUGCUGACUCAGAAAACAGGGAGAGGUACAAAAAUAUAGCACCUGAAGGUGGAUACUGGGCCAUAAGGUUGUGGAAUGGAAAAUACAAAGCCCUCUCCACUCCUCAGACAACAAUCACCUUGGAAAUGAAACCCACAAGGGUUGGGAUUUUUCUGGACAAUAAGGCAGCAGAGUUCUCAUUUUACAAUUUGUGUGAUGACUCCCAUAUCUACAUUUUCAAACUUGUCUUCUCUGGGACACUCCGGCCUUUCUUCAGUCCAGGUAUACAUGGAUCUAAAGAGGAUGCUCCCCUGACCAUCUGCCCAGUUAUAGACUGGCAAUGAAGGACACACUGUCAUUCACAACUACCAUUACAAUUUUCUAGCUAUGUCAGAUGCACACAGGAAAAAUUUUUGGUAAAAUGUCUGAUGAUGGGGAAACAUCAAGUCGAGCUGGUUGAAAAUUGAGACAAAACGUUUUUUCUUUGGAAAAUUCCAUUUCAUCGAUAUCUGAACUUUCCAUGGGAGUGUGUCGAUUUCAACAAAACUUAGUUUAGAAAAAAAAUUUAAACAAGGCAUUUCAUUAAUGUUGAAAUGCCCCUUUUGAUACCUACGGAACAAAACAUUUUGAUUUUUUGUUUCAAAAUGACCUUUGUUUAACAUUUUAUUGUAUAUAAUAUAAUAAAAGGAAUAAAGGCAAAAUUGAAACAAUCUUUUAUUUAAAUAGAUUUCUACUAAUCUUGCCAGGUCCCAGUCAAGCCAUAGAUUCUCCAUCUGGAUCUGGGCUCUGCACAUGGGACAGCACAAAGGGUCCUAGUCCCCCUCUGUCCAUGUGUCACAGUGCUGAGAGAUGCAGCCACGGCAGAAGUUGUGCCCACAGUCUGUGCUCACCAGCUCCGUGAAAUAGUUUCUGCAGAUGGGACAUUUGGUUUCCUCUUGGAGUCCCUGUUCAACAGUCCCUGAAGCCAUGGCUGCUAGGAGCUUGGCUUCCGUUAUCUCUGCCUUCUGCUCCAAAUCAGAAGUGAUUUUACUGAUAAUGGAAGGUCCCUGCCUGACCUGCUAUCAGCUGCUCUCCAGCACAGGUGCAGAAAAAGAAGAGGGUGGGAGAAGGAAUAGAGAAAAGAUCAGAAAAUAAGGAAGUUCGACCUACAUAGGAUGAGGAGGAGAAGAGGGUAGAGAAAUAAAAAGGGAAUGAAAAGAAAAGGCAGGGGGAGGAAAAAGUGGGUGAUGAAUACAAAAAGAAACAAAUUUAGGUUGCUCUUAAUCUGAAACGAGAAUGUCUCAGACACAUACAGAUUUGCACUGAAAUAACUAAUGGGGUGAAUUAAAACCAUAUGGUUAUGUCAGUGACAGUCGUGUGUGUCAAUCUGACCUGGCUGUGCUGUGUUAGAUUCUGAACAGUCUAACAUUCCCAUCCCAGGAACUGCUGCCUUACAAUCACUUCCUGGGUUAAUAUCAGAGGGAUCGCAUGACCUGGGAACAAGUUGUGUCCUACUUGUUGCUGGCUGAUUCUGACGGGGGCCGAUCGGUAUUUUCUCCUGUUUUCACCCAGAACCUGAAGAUUUCUGUACAGAAUGACCCUUGAACCGAAGGGUGAUUUUUUUUUUGUGAUAAGUUUUAUGACUUCUCUGAGUUGACAGUUCACAUCCACGCCUGUUUCUAGACUCCAGUAAAGCCUCAGGAAAAAUAGAUUUCAGUUUUAAAUUGUUCAAAACCACAAGCAGAAAAGGCAAAGGAACAAUUUGUGGCCCACACAGAGAAAAUGUAACUAACACCACACACAGUCAGUCAGCGUGUUUUGCCCUAAAACAGAGCAGAGAUGGUGACACAGCAGAGAGGAAAAUGUUUGUUUGUUUUGGGGAUGAUUAUUCAUAUACUAAUCUGACCCCGUGGCUGCCUCAGGAACAAGUUUGAAUUCCACAGAGAUGGGUAAAUCGCCCCUUUUAAGUGCUGACAGGAACAUGUUUGCUCCAGCAGAGAUGUCCUGUGCUAACGAGCACAGUAGCAUGUGAUCCUGUCAUGAGAGAUUAUAUCCUAAUGCCAAGACACAAGGGAAAAGAAAUAACUUUGCCCACACAGCUUGAUUCUGGCACUGCCUAACUGAAACCGUUUGACUUUUCAGCCUUAAGAACUUCCUUUUAAAGUAACAAGUUGAGGGAAUUUGAUAUAAAGCCCUCCCAAUUUUUCUGCUCUUCUAUAUAAUUAGUUAAUAUACAGCUAUAAUCCCCUCCGUUCUUGGCUUUUUUCUCUCCAGUACUCAAAUAUGGCUGCACAAUCUCUUGCUCUUCUCCCUUUUAGUCACAUAUUGAAUUUUAAUAUAAAACCCCCAAAGCUGUUGAUAAAGUUUUCUGUUUAGGGAUUACUAAUAUAUUAUAUGCAUAAAUAUUGUUUAUUGUUCCUCUAAAUGCCCACUAUCGAUACCAAACCUUUCAGAUUUUGCUUUUUUUCCCUGUCUACUUAGCCAAUUAGUGUCAAUCUUCUCCGAGUUUUCCUCAUAUUCUCUUAAUUAUCAAAUGCUGAUAUAAACUUGCCUCAACAGUCACUGUUCCCAUAGCCGCUCUCCCCCAAGUCACUGCAGCCCCAAACCCAUCACCUUUGUCUCCAAAUUCCCCUUCCCUCUCAGCGAGCAUUCAUAUGUCUAAUUUAUUUUAUUUCUAAAAAGUAGCUUGACGACACUUCCCCAAAAUAACCCUCUCAAUAACAACUAGGUGGGUGAAACCAGACAAUCACUACACUCGCAAACGAAUUCACACAGGAAAAUUCUAAAAGACAAAAUAGGUGAACACUUUUCACAAAGUGAUCACUCUAUAUCUGACCUCUCAGUCCCCAUCCUCAAAGCAAACUACCCAACACUUUCAAAAGACAAGCCUGGGAGCUUAAAUUCAUAACUGCUAGACACCUAAAAUCAAGGACUGAACAGACACACUGGAUUUAUGGCUUAUUAAGACAAGCUGUAACCCGCUACCCCUCUCUUUUUGUCCUAUGACUGCAGAGGUGUUAAUGGUCUGCCUUGAAUGGUCACUUACAAUAUGUGCUAACUACUUAUGCUAAACAAUCUGUUCCAGCUUGCAUAGUGCUGUACCUUUCCCAGUCCUGCAGAAGAGCUCUGUGUGGCUCCAAAGCUUGUCUCUUUCAUCAGGGGAAGUUGAUCCAAUAAAAUGUAUUAUCUCACCUGCCUUGUCCCACAAGAGAGAGAGUUUAUCCCUAGACUGGAUACAAGCUACCACUGGCUGAAGGUUGGGUUGAACAGUGGCAACUACACCUGCCUGUGAGCUAUUGAACUUCAUGAGAAAUGGUACACUCAAGCCCAUUGGCUGACUUUUCUGGGCAUGCUCAGUGUAAUCAGUUUAACUCAUGAGCAUCAGGCAGGUGACUAACUUGAGACCUAGCUCCCUUUAAAAAUGAUGUUGGCAAGAGACAGUAGAUGCCAUGCCUUCGCUAUGAUGCAUGUGCAGUGCUAGCACCGGCGCUUUCAUUUUUCUGAGUGGGUGCUUCUGCCCCCUCUCUGCCCCAAGGCCCCGCCCCACUCCGCCCCUUCCCCAAGACUCCAUCCUCACUCUGCCUCUUC